CCGCUCCCUGUCUCUACUCAAACAGUCACUGCUGCGGCUAUUCCAAUAACAACAACGGACGUCGUUCCCACCACCACUACCGUCGUAGUCACAACGACUGUGGUCGACCAGGUUACCAAGCGAGCAAACACUACACCGGCUAUCAAUCCACCCCAGCCUACGCAACACCACGGAAGAAGUCUCGAAGAGCGAAAUAUAGAUGCGCAAUGGUCGAGCUUUCUCAAGGAAGCUAAGCAGGUCGUGCAGACGCUCUGCUCAUGCAUCGAAACACCUCGGACCAGCACCGUAAGUCUAUCCAUCCGAAGACUUUACCCUCUACCUGUUCGGUUCCUAACAUGUCUGACCAGGUCACCGCAACACCAACGACCCUCGUCACAGUGACAGCGACUCAGGUCGUGAUCGCCACCACCGUCGCUACCGUCAUUGCCCGCGCCUGCCCGACCUCCACCAGCUCCUUUGCCCUCUUCGCUUCAGCCUCGAACAGUUUCGCAACAGUGAACUCGGCGUUCGACAAUCUUUUCUCCAUCAACUUCUGGUCCACUACCGCUGCUGGCGCUGCACAGUUCUUCUUCACAGACUCUUGCCGUCUCAGCGUCGUGGGCUCGUCCUCAGAGCUCAGCGUCGUGGUUGAUUCACCUGGGCAGUUUGUCUAUUACCACUACGUAUGGCUAACGGAUCCUACGAUGGCUCAAACAUAUGAUGAGGCUCCAGUCGCUUGCGUCGUUAGUGCGGAUCUAACGUUGACGUGUAGUGUGAGGGACCAAAAUGUGUUGCAGCUUUUUGGAGAUCAGUUGAGUAUCGCUGCGUCAAACGAAGGUACAGCGUCGUCUUUUACGUUGGUGCCGGUAUAGUAUAGUGUCUAUUUGCGUCUAUGAGUUCCUACGAUCGCUUUUGGCAAAGAUAAUCUUUCUGUCUUAUAUACACGUACCACACUAGACGUGUAUAGUACUCUUGCUUUGUUAUAUACUGUAGGACUUUUACUCUCGAAUGUUUGAACUUGCGAACUGAUAAUAUCGUGGUAUGCUACCAACCUCCUAUUCAAAGACUAUUACAAAACUGUUGUGUUCAACCUGGCACCAACGUGACGCAUCGGUACCAUCAUCAUUGGUCGACGAGGAAAGAAGUUUGGGCCGGCCAUCGUGUUUUCGUCGGUCGAAAAGCAAAGAUAGGCUCUA